GAAGAAGCAGAGGAAGCGCUCCGAUUUGUUUACAUCCUCUCCGCAUCAAGCAUCAGAAGGUACAUUUUUAUGAUCGUUGUGUUUCGUGUUCAAGUUUUUGAAAAAUCAGCGAAUUUAAGUGACUGUACCAACAAAGCUAUGUCGUGUAAUUAUGCCGAUGGUUUAUCAGAUUACCAGAACAAGGGCAUAUUGGGAGUUCCAGAGAUUUUUGACGACGCGGAAACAGUGGAGGAAAAGUGCGAACAGCUGGCAAAGUGGAUUCUGGGUUCGAAACAUGUUGUGAUUCACACCGGAGCCGGGAUCAGCACCAGUGCUGGGAUACCGGACUUUCGCGGGCCCAAAGGCGUGUGGACGCUGGAGAAGAAAGGCGAAAAGCCUUCGGUGAAUGUGGCUUUUGAUGAGGCCAAGCCAACCAAAACUCACAUGGGAUUGAAGGCUCUGGUCGAGGCCGGAUUCGUGAAAUACGUUAUCAGCCAGAAUAUCGACGGGUUGCAUUUGCGGUCUGGGUUGGGUCGUAAAUACCUGGCGGAAUUGCAUGGGAACAUGUUCAUAGAGCAGUGCCUCAAAUGCAGGCGGCAAUAUGUGAGAAGCAAACCGGCGCCCACCGUUGGAAAGAAAUUGACCGGAGAGCUGUGUCGGGGGACGAAAAACUCCCGGGCUUGCCGGGGUGGCAAUCUCAUCGAUAACAUUCUGGAUUGGGAGCACGAUCUGCCGGAGAGCGAUUUGGACUUAGCCUUCAUGCAUUCCACGCUGGCGGAUUUGAACGUUUGCCUCGGGACGACGCUGCAGAUUGUUCCCAGUGGGAAUUUACCGCUAAGGAACAAACGCUACGGUGGCAAGCUUGUUAUAUGCAAUUUGCAACCGACGAAGCAUGACAAGAAAGCCGAUCUGAAGAUAUCGACCUACGUGGAUACCAUCAUCGAAAAGGUAGCCAAACGAUUAGGCGUGGAAAUCCCAGCCUACACGAAGGAAGUGGACCCCACCAAAGCGGAGCCGUGUUCGCUGGAGUGGACCAUUCCUACCGAAGAGGUGAAAAGUUUAGAUAAACACUAUUCAAAAACCGUUCGCGAAUGGUCCAAGAACAGAAAGAAAGGCGGCUGCCGGGAGGAAGAAGCUGACGAGUUCGAGUUCAAAAGCAAAAAGUUCAAGAAGGAAAAGGCGGAGUCUAACGACCAGGAUGCUACUACGGUGGUCGAAACCGAAGCGGAAGUUAAAAGUGAACAGACCGACGUUGAAGUUGAGUAAACAAUUUUAUUUUAAACUUGAA